CAGACUCCGGGAACCAGACUGAAACCGGUCGCUCCAGUUUUUGUAUCAACCAGAUAACAGUUCCGCUUCCGCUUCGUCACUAAAAACGUCUUCAGAAGUUCAAAACAAUAUGCAGAGUGACAUUCAAGGGUUGAUUGCCAAGUUCACCAAUAAGACCAAUGAAGGUGUACGACCAGCCUGUCAGCGGUGUGGCUAUGCUGGCCACUUGACCUACCAGUGCCGGAACUUCAUCAAAGCUGACCCAAACAAGGACAUCCUCCUUGACGUGAGCAGCACCAGCUCAGACUCGAGUGAUGAAAACUUUGUGUCUCCUCUCACACAGCUCAAGAAAGCAGAGGACAAGAAAACAGUGAAGAAGAUGAAGAAGCACAAAGUGAAAGAUAAGCGUGACCGACACAAGAAGACAAACAAGAAGAGGUCCAGGUCAAGAUCUCCUGUAAAGUCUAAGAAGAAGAGGCACAAAAAAGACAAGAAAAGACAUAAGCACAGACAGGAAACUCAUUCAGACACAGACACUGAUUCUGAUUCAGACACUGAUUCAGACAGUGAGCCUGACUCUGAGCUUCAUUAUAGAAAGUCACGCAGCAAGCACAAGAAACAUCAUAAACAUAAGCAUAGCAAGCAUAUCCGGAAGUCUGAGAGAGACAGCUCCUACAGUGAUUGAGUGGAUCAGCAUGUCCAGGUGCUGUGAAAAUGUCCGAGUCAGGGUCAGUGUUGCGUGCUUGUCUUAGGGGGUCAGUGUGACCUAGUACUGUACAUGUCUUAGGGGGUCAGUGUGACUUAGUACUGUCCACAGCUGUGAGUGGGUCACAGUGACCUAGUACCUGAGUACCAGUAUCUCAGACUUAAUCAGUGUCCAGGGGAUGUGUGUCAAUCAUUCAUUGCAGCACUGUGACUGUACCCUAACAUGUGACCCGUGAAGAUCCGGGUUAGAAUGAACCUUCAGUAACCCAUGCUUGUCGUAAGAGGCGACUAACAGGAUCGGGUGGUCAGGCUCGCUGACUUGGUUGACACAUGUCAUCGGUUC